AUGCCCGUCUUCAAUGAGCGCGGGCUCAUGCCGCCGGCGCCCACUGGAGCCCUGGUGGUGUUGUCCUCCGGCGAGUCCGGCCAGGAGGAGGGGUCGGGCUCGGAGGCGACUCGGGAGGCGGCGGGGGAGACUUCUCCUCCGCACCUGGCAGAUCUCCUCCGCACCCUCCCUAACGACGAUGUCGCCGGAGAGCAUCCGGUGAGGGAGUCGCCGCACCCCACCGGGGUCACCACGAGGUCCAAGGGCACCCCCGAAGAAGCCGCAGGUCGGGGUACUGAAGAAGAGCAGACCAGCGCUGAUCUCCCGAGGCGAUGCCUCCGCUUCGCGCCGGUCGGCCCGACUGCGGGGCCAACGCCAGUGGUGAAGAAGAAGAAGGGGGUGACCGCAACCUUUGAGACUCAGCAGCCUGCUGCGGCCGUGCCACCUCCGACGCGGAAGGAUGGCGAUGGCUCCCGAGCCUCAGCGGCCGGGUCAUCCUCGCGAGGUGCAGAAGCCUGCCCUCAGGAGAAGGCGAUAUCCAUAGCCAAGCCGGCUCUUGAGGCGCCCACCCCCAGCUCACCUGCUGAGGUCACGAAGGCUCAGGAGCCCCCGGUCCCUUCUGCUGCUACUAGCGCGCAGGCCUUGGUGCCGACGCCAUCUCUUCCCCCUUCCAUCGUAUCGCUGGGCCGUGAUCCUCCUGCUCCGUCUGAUGCUCUGGAGGACGCCGACCGUCGGGUGGCGUCAGGGCGACUGGAGUUGGUCUCUGGGUGGCUUCGAUCCGAUGCGUCCGUGAGGGCGGCAUGGAGCCAGGCCGUGGCAGCCUCUGAGGAAGGUAAGCAGGCUGCCGACCUAGCCGCGGCCGCCCGCGAGGCGGCAUUGAAGGAUGCCGAGGCUGCUAAGGAGCGCCGCCGGGUGGCGGAGGCCGAGCUGGAGACCCUGCUCAAUGAGCGCGCCACCGAGGCUCGUCAGCGCGAGGCGUGGGAGGAGAAGCUGAAGGCUCGAGAAGAUGCGGUCGCCAGUCGUGACACCGAGCUAGAGCAGUCGGCGCGGGCGCAGGUCACGGAGCGCGAUUGCCUGGAGAAGCCAAAGAACGAAGUGGAGGGGGAGAAGGCCUUGAUGGAGGCCAAGGCAAACAUCCUUGCCAACCAUCGUGCCGCCUUUGAUUCCCUUGAGAAGAGGUCUCGCAAGGCAUUGCGGGAACUCUACGGAAGGGGGUUGAAGGAGCCGUUGGUGACUGCUGAGGAAGGCCCCACUGAGCUGCUCCCCCAGCUUGUCAAGGCGCUCGAGGGCGUUGCUGCUGGAGUCGGCCCCAUGGUGGAGGGGGAAGCUCGUGCACUCUCUGCUUCAGCCAUGACGCGUGUCUUCAGCCACCUCCAUCUUCGCGACUCCAGCACCGACUUGGGAGCCCUGCUUGAGCCUGUGGACGAGGAGCACUGCGCCACCGCCGCCGAAGCCGUGAAGGACCAAGUGGAGGCCCUGCUGCAGAAGUUCCUCGCCAUCGACCCUGCACCCCCGACUGACGGUGCCGCCGAACCUGCAGCCACAGCUGCUGGCACGGGCGAUGGCGAUGUUGUCGACGACGGGGCACCCCUCGCGGGUGAUGGCAGCGCCUAA